CGCAAAUCGCCAAAAAAAAUAUAAUGGGAAAUCAAGUGAGUUAUGAUGAAGUAGAUUCAAUAUUGGUGGAUGCAUGGGGAGGAAGUGGUGGAUCAGAAUGGAAUUACAAGUUUAAAACUCCAAUUAAAGAGAUACUGAUAAAUCAUGGAGAAAUUAUAGACUCCAUCAUGUUUAUAACUGUUACUGAACAAGGAGAUACAAUAGAAUCACCAAGAUUUGGUGGCAAUGGUGGUCGAAGAGACAAGGUUGAUAUUCAUUCAUGGGAAUAUUUGAAAGGGAUCAAGGGAACAUAUGGAAAUUAUGGUGGGAAAUUGGUUGUAAAAUCUUUAAGUUUUAUAACAGUUGUAGAUAAUAUAUAUGGACCAUUUGGAAAGGAGGCUGGUGGAACUCCAUUUUCAUUUGUGAUGAAAAAAGGUGGAGCUAUUGUUGGAUUCCAUGGGCGUUGUGGGUCGUAUCUUGAUGCUAUUGGUGUUUAUUUGGAGAAACUUACGCCUGAACCAAAAGAAGCUGAUCAAACAAAAGUUGAGCCAAAUGAACCAAUGGUUGAAGAAAUUGAAAUCCAUGAUAAAAUGGAGGUGAUGAAGACUAUUGUGCCAAGAAGUGCUGGACCUUGGGGUGGAUGUAGUGGAAAAGGUUGGGAUGAUGGAGUAUUUUGUACUAUAAAACAAGUGCAAGUUCAUAUGGACACACAUAUCACAGCUAUAUCAGGAAUUCAAAUUGAGUAUCUAAAGAAAUUAGACAAAACAGUAUUUUGGUCACACCUUCAUGGUGGUCUUGGAGCUGGGAGUGGAAUAAUUACAAAGAUAAACAUUGAUGGUGACAAUGAAUUCUUGAUUGGAAUUGAAGGAUUUUAUAGUCCAGUGGACAACAAUGGGGGCCUAGACACAAUAAGACAAAUCACAUUUUAUACAAAUAAGGGAAAAUAUGGACCUUAUGGAACUGAAGUUGGAACUUAUUUUAGCUCUUCAGCAGCUAGAGGAAAAAUUAUUGGUUUUCAUGGAAAAAGUGGUGUUUACUUGAACGCAAUUGGUGUUCAUAUGGAAUAUUUCUAAUUUUUCAUGUUAGAAAAUUAAGCUUACAUAAAAAAUACGGUUAUCAAUAUACGUUUAUGAACCUCAGGUGAACCCAGUGUCAUAUUGACACCUAGAAAUACUAUAUGUAAUAAAAAGUUAGAAAAUGAAAAAUAUUCUGACUCAUCAAGUGAUAAAUAUAAGCUUCGUCGAUGUUCAAAAAAUUGUUAAGGCAGAAUUUGUGUUUAGAAUUGAAGAUGAU